GGCCGGCCCGCCUAGGGAGCGGCUGGUCCCUGCGCAGAGCGACCACUUUCUGGAGAUCCUGCUCAAGUCCCCGCAGCUCACCUCUCUCGGCGCGCUCUCCAUCCGGACCCCUGGUCCCAGUCCCUAGCAGAGACAUGGAAGAAUUUUUGCAACGCGCCAAAUCUAAACUGGAUCGAAGUAAGCAAUUGGAGCAGGUCCAUGCAGUUAUUGGACCUAAGUCAUGUGACCUGGAUUCUCUCAUUUCUGCCUUCACAUAUGCGUACUUUCUGGACAAGGUCAGUCCUCCUGGGGUCCUCUGCUUGCCAGUGCUGAAUAUUCCAAGAACUGAAUUCAACUAUUUCACAGAGACAAGAUUUAUUUUAGAAGAGUUGAACAUCUCUGAAUCAUUCCACAUAUUCCGAGAUGAGAUUAACCUGCAUCAGCUGAAUGAUGAGGGGAAGCUGUCAAUAACACUCGUGGGCAGCCACGUCUUGGGGAGUGAGGACAGAACUUUGGAAUCCGCAGUUGUCAGAGUCAUUAACCCCGGAGAGCAGAGUGAUGGUGAGCUGGGGUUCCCGGAGUCUUCCUCCUCGCUGGUGCUGAAGGAGCUCCUGCGUGAGGCUCCGGAGCUCAUCACCCAGCAGCUGGCACAUCUCCUCAGAGGCAGUAUCCUGUUCAAGUGGAUGACCAUGGAUCCUGAGCUCCCAGAGAAGCAGGAGGAGAUUCUCUCCCUUCUGGAAGAACAGUUUCCCAACCUGCCUCCAAGGGAUGAUAUCAUCAGCGUGCUGCAGGAGAGCCAGCUCAGUGCUCAGGGUUUAAGUCUUGAACAAACAAUGUUGAAAGAUCUAAAGGAGCUGUCAGAUGGUGAAAUCAAAGUGGCCAUCAGCACUGUGAACAUGUCCCUGGAGGUGAGAAAGGCUGGGUAUUCUCCACUGGUACAUGACUAGCAAGAGGAGGAGGCUUUGAACCCAGGAACUUCACGAGAUCACUGGGUUCCACUGCACUUCUGGAUAUUGUAUAGAGGAAGUAAGUAGCUGUGGGAUUAAGGCUUAUAAUCUGCAAUGAAUUAUCAACUAGAUUCAUGAACUGUUUCUAACAUCUUUUUAAAUUGAGCAACUCCUUGAACUAGCUCUAUUCAUCAUAAAUGAUAUGUUUCUUUUGACUGGACCACAGCUGUCCAUUGAGCAAACAGUGCUGCUUACUCAAUACUAUUUUGACUCUCGUGUUCAGCAAAGUUUGGCAAAUGAUUACAUAGGUAAUUUCUGACCUUUGGGUACUUACAGCCUAGUAUAAAUUUUAUAAUUUAUAAUCCCAAAUUAUAAAAUCAGGUGAGGGCACAAAGAUAGUAUUAGUCUCCUCAGCCAGUGACUCUUGGUUACAACUUUGAAGGAUGAAGAGGAUCCAGGCAGAAAGACAGCUUAAGAUACAGAAUGUUCUAGAAUGUUCCUAGAGGAAUGGAUAAAAAGAAAAUUUUAGACGUCAGUGAUGUUAAGUUGCUAUGGCAUAGGAAGAGAAGAGGUUGCCAUAGGGAGUGACCAAAUCAGGAGAAGCUUGACUAUGAAGGACUCUGGGUACCAUGCUGUGAGACACAGCAUUCUGUGAUAGGAAAUGGAGACUGCCAGAGAGAAGCAGCUGGUCUGCUAAGGAAACCAUGGGUGCUGCCAUGGUGACCAGCCAGGCUGGAACAGCUGGGUGUCUGGAUCAAAGCAUCAUCUGUAAUUCUACCUCAAGAAAAAAAUUCUACAUAUGAAGAGAAAUGGCAAAUGAGUAAAAGUUGGAAAACUAUCCAUGAGGAUACAUUGAGACUAAGAGGAGUAAGCUGAUUGCUAAAAGAAUUUUAAAAAAAAAAAAAAAACAGUAUUAUAACAAUGUAAGCAGAAAAUAAAAUAAUAAAAAGAAAAAAAAAAAACCCUUGAUAAUAAAAUAAGAAAAA